UAAUGUGUAUUCAGACAUGUAAUACCAGAGCUGGCGUGAAAACCUUCAAGUCGGUCGGAGUUUUAAUUUAAUGAUUAUUUUCGACUUAGAAAAUGUUGUAUAAAAUCAUAUUUUUGAACUUAUAAAAAUAACGAGUCAAAUAUUAUCUGUCUAGAAAAUAUCAAUUGAGUUGAAUUGUAUAUUUUUAGUACAUAAUAUAAUAAUUUCAAUCAAUUAAAUAAACACUUUAAAUUACUAUUGGACUUGAACUGUUUUUCGACUGCGAACUACAUACUCGCUUUUUGUUUACGAUUGCCGUGUGAAUGUGUGGCCGUUGAUAUUCUGAUCCCUUGCACUUUGUUGCCCUUUACAAAAUGCCAACUCUAUUUGAGACUCGCUUGUGAUAAUUAUGUUGGACGAUCUAUAUUCACUGUUCACAAUUUUGUAACGGUCGGGAAUAUCCUGUUUACAUCAAGAACUUUUAAUAUUUUUGAAAAAAAAUAUUACUUGAAUUCAAAUUGUACGGAGUCAACCUUCGCGAACAGUGAAGCGGAAUAACCUACACUACAUUCAGCUCAACAAUAUCAAAGGAGAGGACCAGCGUCAAGUCAAAUUGCAGAAGAAAAAAAUCUAGUGAUCAAUCAACAGCUGUACUAAUUUUCGUUUCUAAAAUCAACUUUUUGUAAGUGAAUUUAUGUAUUGAAGAUUAUAUUUUGUAUGGAAAAGAGUAGGUAGAUAAAAAAAACAAAUUUAAAAAAGUUGAGUUAAGCAUUAACGUGGCAUUACGUGUUAAUUAUUAAUCUAUGUUAUUAUUGAGUAUAUUGAUUAUUUUAAAGUUGUGGUAUAUUUGAGGAAAUAUUGAAUAAUAUAAGUGCCAAGUUAAUAUAAUUGAAGUUGAUAUAGUUGAUACACUUAAAGACCAAAUAUUGUAACACAUUUUGUUAAUUUUAAAAACGCCCAUUUAAAUUUUUUAAAUAAAACACUACCUAACUAAAAUAUGGCAGAGAUUGAGAAUAUUGUUAAAAUCGAGAGUAAGGAAAUAGUUACAAUUAGCCUUGAUUGUGCUAUUGGAAUGAUACCUAUGUGUAAGGGGGACUCCGACAUUUUUCAAUUUAUUAAUAUGUGUGAAUUAUCACUAAGUAUAAUCGAACCUAAAUGUGUGCCAAUACUACUUAAAUGCAUAACCUGCAAAUUAAGCCCUAAGUUAUUUGCAUUGAUAAAAUAUAAAGACAUUACCAAGUGGGAAGAUAUAAAAAUACAGUUAACUAACGAAUUAAAAUUACAACAAUUAAUAUUACAGGGAGAGUUAAGAUCAAUAAAAAUGCGUAACGAUGAAAGCGUAAACAGUUACCACAGUAGAGUAGAAGAAAUGCAUUAUAAAAUAUGUAACAUCAUGAACAUGGAUAAACCAGAGACUGAUGCAAAAAUCAUAAACUUAGUAUUAAUGGGGCAAACAUUAGCAUUUUUUAUUAUCGGAUUAAUUGAGCCUAUAAGAAGGAAGGUGGGAAAUUCGUGGGGUUCGUUAGAGGAGGUGAAACGGAUUGCUGAAGUUUACGAAAAUGAAUUUAAUUUGAACAGACAAGCAUCUGGUAAUAGACAUAAAAAUAAGAACGGAAACAGAGGUAUUUAACGAUAAUGGUUUUCAGUGAUUUAAUAAUAAUAAUAAUUUUCAGAGAACGAGUCAUAAUAAUCCACCCCAGUUUAAUAAUUUUAAUAAUUAAAACGAAAAUAAUUAUCGAAUACUCAUCAAACUUAAAUCAAAAUAUAAAUAAUAAUCGGUCGAUUA